GAGCAUGGGCUUCUUCUCGUCUCCCAUCUCUCUCCCCCAAGUCACCUUCACCACUCUCCUUCAAACAUAUCCUAGCCUGGCCACUUUCUCUCUCCUGUCAUUUCUCCCUCCCUCUCCCUUCUUCCCCUUCUUGCUGCUGUUCUCUUCUCCCUCCCUCCCUCCUCCUUCCUUGGCCUUGUUCUUUUAGGAUGCAUGCAUAGAUGGAUGACGGAUAGACAAGAUGGACAUGUUGUAUGCUCCUAGCUAGCUCUCUCUCAAGGAGACAUUCCCCCACUUUGUGCCAAAUUGUUAUUGCUAUUGCUAUUUUUACCACUUUGUAAUUCUACCAUAUCUCUCCUUUGUUAUGUAGACUAGCUUAACCGAGCAACAUAAUCCAUCGCCAUCUUUGUCUCCUUCCUUCCCCCUUGAAGCCAACACCAUCCCCUUCCCUAUUUCUUCCCAAAACCUACAAGUAGAGCACACACCACCACCAACACAGCUUAAAAAAAAAGCAAGGAGAUAGAAUCAUUUUCUUAAUAAGACCACCAAACCCUCCUAGAUAGCUCGCCCCCAACCUAGCUAGGUAGACGAAGCCAUGGAGUACAAGAGAUCAUCGCAUGUGGAGGAGGAGGAAGAGGAGGAGGAGGAAGAAGAGGAAGACGAGGAGGAAGAAGAGGACGAUGAGGAGGAGAACAGAGGCCACCACUACACCACUGCAGCAGCUGCACCCGUAGGUGCUCCACAGCAGCAGGUGCACGGCCAAGCUCUUGGCCUUGGCUCGCCUUCCUCGCAGUCCUCUAUGAUGGAGUCUGCCGCCUUCUCGAGGCCCCUCCUGCCUCCCAACUCCUCCCUCGUCUCGCAGCUGCCGCUGCCUCCUCCCGGCUUCAUGCCGCCUCACCGCCAGCCCCAACUCCAUCCGAGAAGGGCGGAGAGAGAGAGGGAGAGAGUUGGGGGCGCCCAGCACCAGCUCCGGCGCCACAACGAACCGGCGAGGAAUGGCGUUCUUGGCGGUGGCACCACUCCCCCGCCGGCCUCUACGCUUAGCCUCGCGACUGGCGGCGGCGCCGUGGGGGCGGAGGCGGCGCAGUGGAGGUACCGGGAGUGCCUGCGGAACCACGCGGCGCGGCUGGGCGCGCACGUGCUCGACGGCUGCUGCGAGUUCAUGCCGUCCGCCGGCGACGGGGCCGCCGCGCUGGCCUGCGCAGCCUGCGGCUGCCACCGCAGCUUCCACCGCCGCGAGGCGGUCCCCGGGGUUGUUGCCGCAACGGUGCCCCCCUCGGCGACGACCCCCGCCGGCGUCGACGCCAACUCCUCCCGGGUCAUGCCGCUCCUCCUGGCCCCGCCGCACAUGCAGACGCGGCCGCACGUCCCCGUGUCCCCGUUGUCCGCCCCCGCCGCGCUGACCGAAUCCUCGAGCGAGGAGCUGCGCGGCCCCGCGCCCGCGCAACCGCCCCUGCCGCCGACGCACCCACCCCACGCGCAGGUGGCCGUGGGGUCGGCCUCCGCUCCCCCGGCGCCGAGCAAGAAACGGUUCCGGACCAAAUUCACGGCGGAGCAGAAGGAGCGGAUGCGGGAGUUCGCGCACCGCGUUGGGUGGCGCAUCCACAAGGCCGACGCCGACGCCGUCGACGCCUUUUGUGCCCAGGUCGGCGUCUCCCGUCGCGUCCUCAAGGUGUGGAUGCACAACAACAAGCACCUCGCCAUGAUCGCACCCCCGUCCCCGUCCUCUCAGCCGCCGCCGCCGCCGCCGCCGCAUCACCACCCUCCACCUCCACCCCCCGCCGCCGCAGCAUGACGCAUGAGUGAGUAGCCGUAGUGCAAUGCGAGAGGAUGCAUUAGCUUAUUAGCUUCUUUCUUUAUUCCGCUUCUUCUCUUGUAAUUUCAGUGACAUCCUGGUUGUUAAGAAGUAAACUCAUGCAGCAGUUCGGAGUCAGUAAUGUGAUUAUGUGAUCUAAUCUCAUUGGAGCCAUACUUCUUCUUCCUCAUUGCUUUCUUGGGUAACCUCCAUUAGGUUAGCACCAUGACACUUGCAUUGAGAACCGAUACUCCUUUUCUUAUG